CUUGAGAUUUAUAGGCGCGCGCGGUACACACAGUAACCAUGCUUCAACCAGCUAGGAUUAUUCUUCUGAAAGAAGGCACUGACUCAUCACAGGGUAUUCCGCAAAUAAUAAGCAAUAUAACUGCAUGUGAAGCAGUUUCUGAUGCAGUCCGUUCCACACUGGGUCCUCGUGGGAUGGAUAAGCUUAUAAUAGACGAUAAAGGAAAGGCCACCAUAUCGAAUGAUGGAGCAACAAUCUUGAAGCUUUUAGAUAUCGUUCAUCCUGCCGCACGUACGUUAGUCGAUAUUGCGCGUGCCCAAGAUGCCGAAGUUGGAGAUGGGACAACAAGUGUCACACUUUUGGCAACCGAGUUUCUAAAGCAAGCCAAGCCAUUCCUUGAAGAAGGAGUCCAUCCAUCUGUUAUUAUUCGGGCAUUUCACCUUGGUGAGAAGAUGGGAUUAAAGCGAUUAGAAGCCAUAGCUUGUCGAAUUAAACAAGAGAAUCCUAGCGAACAACGUGCUCUAUUGGAAAAGUGUGCGUCAACUGCCUUAAGCUCUAAGUUAGUAGCUGGACAUAAACAGUUUUUCGCCAAGCUGGUCGUUGAUGCUGUUAGUUUGUUGGAUUCAUACCUACCUCUGAAGAUGAUUGGAAUCAAAAAGGUUUCUGGUGGAGCAUUGGAAGAUUCACUUCUAAUUGCAGGUGUAGCGUUUAAAAAAACUUUCAGUUAUGCUGGCUUUGAAAUGCAACCCAAAUCUUAUAAGUCACCGAAAAUUGCACUUUUAAAUAUUGAAUUAGAAUUAAAAGCCGAGAAAGAGAAUGCCGAAAUUCGUGUCAAUUCGGUGGAGGAGUACCAGAAAGUAGUUGAUGCUGAGUGGCAAAUUCUUUAUGAAAAGCUGGAUAUUUUAUAUAAAAAAGGGGUUCAGAUUGUUUUAUCCAAGUUACCCAUUGGAGAUGUCGCUACUCAAUUUUUUGCUGAUCGUGAUAUGUUUUGUGCUGGUCGUGUACCUGAAGAUGAUCUCAAACGUACUCAAAUGGCUUGUGGUGGAAGCGUUCAAACAACUGUUCAUGGACUUUCAGAUAAUGCUCUUGGAACUUGUGAAUCUUUUGGGGAAAUUCAGAUUGGAUCAGAAAGAUUUAAUAUAUUCGAAGGUUGUCCACAAGCCCAUACUUGCACAAUUAUUCUUCGUGGUGGAGCUGAACAAUUUAUGGAAGAAACUGAAAGGUCACUGCAUGAUGCUAUCAUGGUAGUUCGAAGAGCUGUUAAAAAUGAUGCAUUUGUUGCUGGCGGUGGAGCUGCCGAAAUGGAACUCAGUGGCUAUCUUCGCAAAGAAGCUCUUCGAAUUGGUGGGCGUGAACAACUAUUAAUAAGUGCUAUGGCUAGAGCUUUUGAAGUUAUCCCUAGACAGUUGUGUGAUAAUGCUGGGUUGGACUCAACUAUUAUUCUAAACCAACUGCGUCACAGUCAUGCGAAAGGCGAUGUUUGGUAUGGCGUUAACAUAGAAAAAGAGUGCGUAUGUGACAAUUUUGAAAGUGGCGUCUGGGAGCCAGCACUCGUGAAGAGCAAUUCCAUAAUAUCAGCCACUGAAGCGGCUUGUCUUCUGUUAAGUGUAGACGAAACGAUCAAAAAUCCGGAAUCAAAGGGCGCUGAAGAUAAUACGCCUGUUCGGCCUCCUGGGAUGAGGCAUUAAAGCAUUGUUCAUGUUGUACUUUUAAAAUGGAUGGGUUGAAAUAAAUAAUUGUUUAUCACUUU